GGCGCGGCGGGUUGGGCUUCCGCUCCCGGCAUCCUCCGCGCCUUCGGCCUUGACAUAAGCGCUGGGCCUGAGGCCCUGCGGGACGUUGCGGGGGUCGGUGCGGGCGGGAGCGGCCGCACGAGGCUCCGGGGAAAAUGGCAAAAAGCUUAAGGAGCAAGUGGAAAAGGAAGAUGCGAGCAGAAAAAAGGAAAAAGAAUGCCCCGAAGGAGCUCAUUCGCCUAAAGAAUAUUCUAAAAACAGAUGGCGAUGUUUUAAUGAAAGAGGUGGAUGAGAUAGCAACCGUGGUGAAGCCCAAACACAUCACAGAAAAAGGAGACUCUGUAAUGAAAGAGCCAGAGGGUGUCUGCAAGAUGGAAACGGAUAAUAAAAGAAAUAAAAAGAGUCUCCUAGACCAGCAUGGACAGUACCCGAUUUGGAUGAAUCCCAGACAGAGGAAGAGGCUGAAAGCAAAACGGGAAAAGGGCAAAGGCAAAAAAAAGGCACCAAAGGGUUUGGCAUGGUAGAACCUCUAGAAGAAGAGGAAAUCUCCUAGGGGUGGUAUGUCAGUCUUUUUUAAAAAAAAAAAAAAAAAAAAAGAAUGUAACUUGAUUGGAGCAGAGGUGAUUUUAAAUUUUGACUCAGCCUUUUACUUGAACAUGAAUUCAACAUAUUGGAUUUGAGGGUUCUGAGUUACAGGUGCACUGUCUUGUGUGAAAAGCUGAUUUGGAUUAUGGUAACACACCUGUCUCAACAAAUGCCAUUUUAAUUGUAUAGGGAUUUCAUGCUUUUCCAGUUUGGUAACUCCAUGCCAUUUUCUCUGCAGUUUUAACUUUUAAAAUAUUCCUAAUUUCAAAAGAGAGAUGUCAGAUUUCAAGGAGAUGACAUGCCAUAUUAUGAGUUUCUCAGACAGCGAUGUUAAAUGCUGUUUUGCUCUUCCUGCUUACUACUAAAAUCUCACUUGAACUACACUGCACAA